CUACCGGAAGGUUACCAAGCAACGUCAGUAAUACCUGAUUAAUAUGCAUGGACUAUUGUUUUACCAUAGUAUCAUUCGUAAAUUUGCGCUGUGAACGUGUGGAGAAACUGUUGCGCUUCAGUCCUCCAGCGUUCCCACCAUAGCGCCUUAUUUUCGCCUACAGAAUUGUGGGAGUUCGCACAGGAGUUUUUUUUAGAGCAGUCAACUCAAUAAUAUUAGAGUUAAUGAGGUGACAGUUGUUAAAAGGAGAACUUUAAGUACACGUGAAGAAUUGUCAUCGGCAGAUUGGACUGUUUUCGACGAUAUUACACCAAGGUUGUUGUUCUGUUACCGUUUUUCAUCCACCCACUAAACCCACAAUAAGUCAAAAUACGGUCUCUGAAGAUUAUCAAAGAUGUCAUCUAAGGUGCAAAGUUCAAAUAAUAUAGCCCAGGCCAGAAGGACUGUUGAACAGCUACGGAUAGAAGCGAACAUAGAAAGGAUAAAGGUGUCUAAAGCUUCUGCAGACCUCAUGCAUUACUGCAGUGAACAUGCCAAGUAUGAUCCUCUGCUAAUGGGUAUCCCAACUUCAGAAAACCCUUUUAAAGAUAAAAAGCCCUGCACUAUAUUGUAGUGAGAUGCUUGAACUCUUGAUGUGUUUUGAUGUGCCCUUUAUUUUUCCUUUAAAGAGAGAAAAUGAUCUUCAAACAUUCAUUCACUAUUCGCCUUAAAGUGAACUAAACCUCAAGCCUUAAUCUGAUUGUAUACUCUGGCCUUAAGGCUGAAAUGAAACAAAUCUCCUGUUUAAACUAUAAAAAGAAGAGUCAAAGCACCUAGUAAACAUAAUCAUUUGUGGUGCAAUGACAAAGCCAACCCAUGAAUUCAAUUUUAGCUUUGGACUCAGCACAGAUGACUUGUUUGCUUUGUGAUGCUCCUCACUGAUGUGGUUGGGACCGGUGACUUCUGCAAAUAAAGGGUGAGAUCAGAGUGGGCAGUGCUCAACCUUGCUAGUAUCAUGAAGCACAGGAAACAAUCAUAUUCAAUGACUUCUGGCUGUAAUAUAUACUCCAGAUAAGCAGAGCCUCAUCAGUGGUGCUUUGACCCCAUGUAAAUUUUUUUUAAUGCAUCCAGUCCAUGGGAGUGUGUGGGGCUGAUGUGAGAGGUGAAAUGUCAGCAUCACUAAUGUGUGAAGGGUGCUUGUGCUUGGUGGAGGUGCCAGAUUGACAUAAUGGUACUCUUGCCCUUCCUCCUUAACUCACUGUCUAAACAAUGGCAUGAUACAAAGCUAACUCCUCCUCUCAAGUCACUAAACUCAAGAUUGUGCCCUUUUCUUUUUCUCUCAGUAAAUCAGGUGAACUGUGUAUCAAAAGUUCAUCGACUGCCAAAAACUUGCAGAUCAGCAUUUCUGGAUUGAUACAACAUUCUGUGUUCAUGCAUUCGUCUGAAAUGCUGUAAUGUUUUUUAUUUUCUUUUUUUCUCAAUAAGCCAAACAAAAUGUGUUUAUUUGACCGCAUUCCACUUCGUUUCGUUCUUUGAAAGCCCACUUUCAGUAAUGUUGCAGGAUCACAUUUCAUAUACCUUCUGUGAAUUCUUUUGAAUUCAGUGAAUAUUUUGACUUGAGUUGUUGCCCUGUGUGUGAUAGAUACAGUACCAAUUCUUUAUUGCAGAUCAUGGUAUGCUAAUAUAUUGUAACCCUUUAAUUAAUUUUAUUUACAAGAUGCCUUAUGUUAAUGUAAACCUUGCUUUUGAUUGUUUUAAUAUGUAAUCAUUCUCUCUUUUUCUAUAACAAAGUUUUAAUGUCAUUGUGCCAUCUCAUUCUGGGAUCUAACAGGCAAUAGAAACUAGAAACUGUAGGGAAACAAUGAAUGCUUUGAAUGAUUUGUCUGUACACAUACACUGAGAAGUUGAUAAAUUCUAUAAUGGUAGUUAAUUUUGUGACUAUUAUAAUCAUGAAUUUUGAUAUCAUUCCAUGUUUACAACCCCUGUACCUUUUUUGUAAGUGGCUAUAAUGCAAUCUUCUUUGAUAACAGUAUUCUUUCAGCAAAUACAUGUUUAUAAAUUAGUUUGCAGCCUUGCUUUCCUGUUGUUUAUUGAGUGAUGCAUUCAAAGUGACAUUUUUGUAAUGUUUCCCAAAGUAGUACCGAGUUAUAAUUGUCACAGUGGCCUAUUGUUAAUUGGACAGUUGUGUUUUUCUUUAUCCUAUGGUAAUUUCUGAAGGUACUUUUGUAUUGUAAAUGUCUUGCACAAGCUCUUCAGUCAGCCCUCUUAAAUCUUUUUGCCUUUUAAAAAUGUUUUAGUAUGAAGUGCAUUUAGUUUCACCAUUUUUUUAGUGAAUUUUCCAUCUCAUAAAAAUAACUUGUGCAACAUUUCAGAGCUGGGUCCCAAUAAUUUGGAUUGCAGAUGUUGUCUUUUCCAACUGAAGUUAAAUAUUCAGUAGUUUUA